AUGUCGGUGUUGAUUAAUGGGACUCCGGUGGGUUUCUUUUGGACACAUCGAGGUCUUCGGCAGGGGGACCCUUUGUUUCCCCUACUAUUUCUCUUAGUGAUAGAGGCGUUGAGUAGAUUGUUGGAUAAAGCUAUGCGAGAAGGUCGAUUGGAAGGUUUUGUUGUGGGUUCAUUGGCGGGGACUCUUUUGGAGGUUUCGCAUUUGUUAUAUGCGGAUGAUGCUUUGAUUUUCUAUGGUGCGGAAGUAGUGCAUGUUGGCUAUCUGCGAUGUGUUUUGCUUUGUUUUGAGAUGAUUUCGAGCCUUCGGGUUAACUUACGGAAGUCAGAACUUAUUCUAGUUAGGACGGUGGCAAGGUUACCUGUUAUGGCAGCAGUGUUGGGGUGUAAGGUCUCGAUUUUGCCAGUGUCCUAUUUGGGUUUGCCGUUAGGGGCUUCUUUUAAGGCAAAAGGGGUGUGGGACGGAGUUGUGGAACGGGUCCAACGUCGAUUGGCAAGUUGGAAGUGCCAAUAUCUUUUGAAAGGCGGCCGGUUGACUAUGUUUAAGAAUGUGUUGAGUAGUAUCCCCACUUAUUUCAUGUCGGUCCAUGUUAUUCCAGUGUUAGUGGCGCAUUGGUUGGAGAAGCUUCAGAGGGACUUCUUGUGGGGAAGCGGUGGUGAUAAUUUUCAGUAUCAUUUGGUUGAUUGGGGAUAG